AUGAAGCUGUCAAUUGUUUCUUUCCUUUCCUUAGUCUGCUUGACGGCGGCAUCCCAUGAAGGUGCAGAGACAAUGGACCACCUGAUGUCGUUGAAGAUGCAGUCUCGUGCGCGUGCUCGAACGCAGGGUCUCUUUAAUCUGAACCGCUACUCGAACAAUGGCCGGACAGAUUGUACUGGUGGUAAGGCGGGAGAGUACUCGUGCAAUAAUGUUGAUAUGCAGAGUUUUCUGAGCCACCAAGCCAUGGGUAGUGUCACUCGUGAGGGAAAUGAUAUCUGGGGUUGGACAACUGCGAAUAAUCGGGAGUUUGGAAUUGUCGGCCAGACGGAUGGUGUCGCCUUCGUCGAGGUUCUCAAAGAUGGCAGUCUGGUGUACAUUGGACGGUUGCCGACACAGACGGUACCUAGUGUCUGGCGGGACAUGAAGGUGAUUGGGGAUUAUGUCUAUAUCGGCGCCGAGGCUGCAGGACACGGGCUUCAAAUUUUUGAUCUGAAUAAGUUGACCAACGCGUCUAGCUCGAAUCCCACGGUUUUCUCGAUCGAAAAAGACCUGACGGCCUGGUACAGUGAGUUCGGAAGCUCGCAUAACAUUGUCGCGCAUGAGGAGACGAACAUGAUUUAUGCGGUUGGCACCGCGAGAAACCUCACUUGCGCGGGAGGCCUGUGGAUGGUGGAUGUGUCUGACCCUGCUAAACCUACUUCGCCUGGCUGUGUCCGCGAGGACGGCUAUGUUCAUGACGCCCAGUGUGUUAUCUACAAAGGCCCCCACAGCAAGUACAUCGGACGAGAAAUCUGCUUCAACUACAACGAAGAUACCCUCACUAUCGUCGACGUGACGGACAAGAAAGCCCCGAUUCAGAUUUCGAAAACCCCUUAUGCCGGUGCCACUUACACCCAUCAGGGCUGGCUCAUCGACCCAGAGGAUAUGUCGUAUCUCCUGCUGGACGAUGAACUAGACGAAAUGAAUGCGGUGGGCGCCGCUGCCAACGGACACACAACCACCUAUAUCUUCGACGUGAGCGAUCUCACUUCUCCCAACCACACCGGCAUUUAUCAGUCCCCCGUGCGCGCUAUUGACCACAACCAGUACGUUGUGGAUGGCCUAUCGUACCAGGCUAACUACGGCAGUGGUCUCCGCAUCGUAGAUGUCAGCUCAGCUUUCAAGGACCCAUCCGGGUCUAGUUUUCGCGAGGUUGGAUUUUUUGACUGCUACCCGGAAGAUGAUGAGCAAGGAGGCCAGGUAGAAUUUGCCGGAAGCUGGAGCGUUUACCCAUACUUUUCCAGCGGCAAUAUCCUGCUGAACAGCAUCGAGCGUGGUGUUUACUCUCUAAAGUAUACCGGCCCAAGCGGAAAGCAUCGCCGCGGCUGA